AUGUCGAUGCCACUGCACAACUUACGAGCCGUUUCUGUGAUAGACGAUGUGGCGCCAAUUAGUGGACGCGAAAAUCGGGAUUGCUUGACAACAUUCAUCGGACUUGCAACGGGAUUUCUUUCUGGUGUCAGUUUCGCUGUAGCCGAUAUAUUUGUUUUGUUGUGCAUCACGAUUGGUUAUUCACCAGCACAAAUUUUACUCGUGAAGUCCUUAGUAACGUUGCUUGCAUUGAUGCCGUAUUUCACAUACAAGAAAAUUAAUCUUUUGGAACUCAACAGAAAGGACACGUUAUUGAAUAUCACGAAGAGCCUUUGUGAAAAUGGCGCAGACGUGAUGUACUAUUAUGCAUUUGAUAUGAUUGGAUUGGGGGAUACAACGGCAAUCGUGGUAGGAACAUUGCCAAUAUUCACGUCUAUCUUAGCCUACGUAUUGAUACGAGAAAAGUUUGAACUGCAUGACUGUGUUAACGUACUAUUAAACGUUGCAGGAAUUGUAUUGAUCUCGCGGCCCGUAUUCAUAUUUGGCAAUACAAUACAUUCGCCUGCUUUCGGCUAUGUCUAUGCUAUUUUGACUGGACUCGGGAUAGCCAUCGGCACUGUAUGUUCUAGAGUAAUGUCGGACGGUGUUUCUCUGAUAGCUGUAGUAAACUAUAACGCUUUAGGUGGUGCUAUAUUGAUGACGAUUUUACUGUAUCCAACGAGUGAUGACCCUCUCUGUUCUUUAUUAUAUAACCAUCCUAUAACUGUUGUAUACCUUGUAGUCACGGCAACACUGUAUUUUGCUUACUUGUAUACGUAUAAUAGAUCACUACAAAUACUGAGUGCAGGAAAAGUAGCAAUUAUAACCAACAUUUCGGUAGUUAUUAGCUUUAUAGCUGAUAUUAUUGUUUUCAACAGAAAGGCGGGUCAUUUAGAAAUACUUGGUUCCGUGUUUAUCAUUGUGAGUUCUGUGAUAAUCGUUCUCUUUGUCUGGCUCGAAACAAGAAGCAGAGUGAACGAAGAAAUUAGACUCAUUCAGAUUGCUAAGUGA